GUUUGCUUCAGUUUGGAGCAAUUUGACGUAUUGUUUGGAAGUGUGAUUUACAUUAAAAUACUAAAAAUUAUUAACUAACGAAAAAGUAAAAACAAAAAACAAUUAAUAUACAAUUAAAACUUGUCGAAAUGGCCACUAAACAACUUUUACAAAAUAUCUCAAGAUAUAAUAAAAUAAAUCUACAUUUGCGUACUUUUUCAUCAACGCCAGCAAGCAGGCAGCAAAAGUCACUUGUCGACAUUAACAUAGACGCCGGCAGCGCUGUUGCCACCUUAACAUUGAAUCGCUUGCCGGCAAAUGCGCUUAGUUUGCAGCUGAUGACUGACAUUAAGAAAGCUGUGGAGCACUGUGAGAAAUUGGAUAAAUGUCGUGGAAUUAUUUUAACAUCAGCUUCGGACAGAAUCUUUUGUGCUGGCUUGGAUUUAACAGAAAUGUAUAAAUCUGACGAACAACGAUUAACAGAAUUCUGGUUAUCUUUACAGAAUGCUUGGUUGAGUUUAUUUAGCACUACUUUACCGACUUUAGCGCUUAUAAACGGACAUGCUACGGCCGGUGGUUGUAUGUUUGCUACUUGUUGCGAUUAUCGGGUGAUACUACCUAAUUUUUGGAUUGGGCUUAAUGAAACGAAAGCCGGUGUAGCUGUACCCAAAUGGGUUAUAGAUACUUAUUAUCAUGUAAUGCCGAAUAAGCGCCUAGCUGAGGCAGAUUUGCUUGAAGGUAGAAUGUACAAAAGUGCAGAUGCGCUGAAGAUGGGCUUAGUGGAUGAUAUGGCUAAUAAUAAAGCUGAAGCAUUUGAGAAAUGCUUAAAAUUCAUAUCUCGUUACGAUGAUGUUGAGGAUUCUGCACGAGCAGCAACAAAAUUAAAUUCUCGCAGUAAUAUUUUAAAAGAAUUUGAACAAAAUCGCUCUGAAGAUUUGCAAUCAUUUUUGAAAAAUAUACAAAGUAAAUCUGUGCAAGAAUUUCUUGGAAAGUAUUUGCAAGGCCUUAAACAAAAAUCAAAGAAAUAAAAUUAUUUCUAAUUUUGGGGCAUGACAGUAUAUACCAAUUAGUGAUAUUUGAAAGCAUUUAAAAAUAUAUAACAUAUUGUUGUAAAAUAUAU